UCUUAAUUUAAGUUGUCAACCACAAGCCACGUCAUAUGUUAAGAACCACCAGUUAUUUGAUUUCAGUGACUGCCCCAAAAUUUUUAUUCUAAAAAUUAACUAUGGCACAAACAAAUUUCUUCCCAUAUAAUAGAGCAAUUUAAAGCUGCAGCUUGAGCUUAGCACUAGUAAUUGGAAAGCAACUUAAUGGGGCUCAGGGCUAUUCCAUUUUCAGCUUCUCAAAAUGGCCUUAUGCCUAAUUACUAUUUGGGUGGUUCAGAAUAUUUCGCCAAAUGCUGUGUUCUUCCUAGCAGCAGAAUGUCCUCAUCAAAACUAGUAGUAGUUUCAGCAAAGGCAAAGAAAGAGCAUACACAAGAAGAAGAAGAACCCAAGAAUAAGAAGAAGCAAUCUUUGUUUUCAAGUGUAACUGACGCUCUCGAUUUUUCCCAGGUUAGAUCCGCAAAGGACGCGGAGCUUCUUGAUGAAGCUCGACAAAAAACACAAUCUGGGGAGAGAAUGUCCAAAGAACAGUAUGGAGCUCUAAGACGGAAGAUUGGUGGGACAUACAAAGAUUUCUUCAAGUCCUACGUUGAGGUGGAUGGGCAAUAUGUGGAGGAGGGAUGGAUAGACAAGACGUGCAAGGUUUGCAAGAAAGAUACGAGAGGAGAAGCGAGGCAAGUUGACAAAUUGGGCCGAUAUGCGCACGUUGCUUGCCUAGAGAAAUCCAACUCCGGAAAUUUCUUCGCCAAGCUCUUCUCAAGAUGAAUUAUAUGAUCAUAAGGGUCAAUUAGUACUAUUUUUUUCGCACUCGUGGAUACCUCUUAGAUAUGAACUCAUAAAACUAGAAGAAUAAAACAGUGCCACGUCCUUUUGUCCAAAUUUCCAAUAUCAUUACCUUUUUUUCUUUGGCCAUUGUGUAUUUCUUUCUUUCCUUUAAGAUGAAAUUAACUGAAUCAUGAAUGUCCUCAUCAAUUGGUCUUAGCCUCUUGAAUAGAGUUACUGAAGUACCCAUGUUUUGAUUUCAA